AUGAUAAGAAUCAGCCCGUCGCAAUUCGAAGUGAUGGUAGAUUUUAUGGAGAGAAAUGGUGACUUAAACAAACCGACUGACGGUCACAGCGGUAGGAUAAGGGCCAUAGAAAAGUGGCAAGAGCGCACUAAUGCUCUGAACUUGGAUACAUCAGGGACUUCCAAGGCGGUCGAAAAAUGGAAAAAGUCCUCGGCGGCACCUGGGCCUCGGCGCGCGAUCCGUGGGCGCCGCCGCUUGCUCCAUCCACGGGCAUCAACGCCCCCGCAUAGUGCUAGCCGUGCUCCUCGGAGGCACUUUAAUGCUACGGAGCAACUUUUGAACAGUGAUGAGCAUUGGAGGACUUUGGCAACAGAGUUUGUCACUGAGCACGUGAGGCUGCGAGACAAAGAGCUGCAACAGCGAGAUAUGGAGCUCCAGCAGCAAUCUCAGUGGCAAACUCAUUCAUCAUUA